AUGGCUGCAGUUCAAUCACUAGUGGAUAAAAAGAAGAAAACCUUCAUUGGAUUGGCUGCUCCAUUAGGUUAUGUACCAGGAUUAGGGAGAGGAGCAACUGGUUUUACAACAAGAUCGGAUAUUGGUCCAGCCAGGGAUGCUGAUGACAUUCCGGAGGAAAGGCAUGCUCCACCUUCAAAAAAGAAAAAAGAUGAUGAAGAGGAAGAGGAAGAUCUCAAUGAUGCUAACUACGAUGAGUUUGAAGGUUAUGGAGGUAGUAUCUGUGCGAGAGAUCCUUAUGACAAAGAUGACGAAGAAGCUGACGAAAUAUACUUCAGCAUUGACAGUCGCAUGGAUGAGAAACGAAAGGAGAGAAGAGAAAAACGCAUGAAAGAAGAAUUGGAAAAAUAUCGUCAAGAAAGACCAAAAAUUCAGCAGCAGUUUUCUGACCUCAAGAGAGAAUUGUCUGGAGUGACUCUGGACGAAUGGACCAACCUGCCUGAAAUCGGAGAUGCACGAAACAAAAGAAUGAGGAACCCGAGAGCUGAAAGGUUUACACCCAUGCCAGAUUCGGUGUUGAGCAAAAAUGUUCACAUGGGCGAUACAACGACGGCAGUUGAUUUGAGAGAACAGAGAUUCGGUGGACUAACGUCUCCAUUCCCCGGUAGCAACACACCUGCAAGUAUGCUUGCUUCUAUGGGCUCUGACAUCGAUAUGAAAAAGAUAGGAGAAGCCCGAAAUGCUCUGAUGGACAUAAAAUUAACUCAAGUUUCUGAUUCUGUAUCAGGACAAACUGUUGUGGACCCGAAAGGCUAUCUCACUGAUUUGCAAUCAAUGAUUCCCACUAGAGGCGCCGACAUCAGUGAUGUGAAGAAAGCUCGCUUGCUGCUUAAAUCAGUUAGGGAAACGAAUCCUAAACAUCCUCCAGCGUGGAUUGCAUCGGCCACUCUGGAAGAGGUAACUGGAAAGUUGCAGGCUGCCAGGAAUCUUAUCAUGUCCGGUUGUGAGCAGUGUCCAAAAAGUGAAAAUUUGUGGAUGGAAGCAAUCAGGUUGAUGCCGGGAGACCAAGCGAGAGUUGUUGUGGCACAAGCAGUCAGACAUCUGCCCCAAUCUGUAAGCAUCUGGAUGAAGGCAGCUUCUCUUGAAUCAAAUUCUAAUGAUAAAAAAAUCAUUUUCAGAAAAGCUCUUGAAAAUAUACCGAAUUCUGUGGCCUUGUGGAAAGCUGCUGUUGAAUUGGAGGAUGAAGAAGACGCAAGAAUAUUAUUGAGCAGAGCGGUUGAGUGUUGUCCUAGCAAUGUUGAGUUAUGGCUAGCCUUGAGCAGACUGGAGACAUAUGAGAAUGCAAAAGCUGUACUAAACAGAGCCAGAAAUCAAAUACCAACUGAUCGUCAGAUUUGGAUUACUGCUGCCAAAUUGGAGGAGGCAAAUGGAAAUUUUUCUAUGGUACCUAAGAUUAUUGAAAAAGCUCUGACAUCGUUACGGGCUAGUGGUGUUGAAAUCAAUAGAGAGCAAUGGUUGAAGGAUGCAGAAGAUGCUGAAAAAUCUCACAGUGUUCACACCUGUCGAGCCAUCAUUAAUAACAUCAUAGGAAUUGGCAUGGAGGAUGAAGAGAAAAAGGAGGCAUGGAUGACAGAUGCAGAUUCCUGUGCAGUUCAUGGUGCAAUCGAGUGCGCAAGAGCAAUUUACACCCAUUCACUUUCUGUUUUCCCUAAUAAAAAAAAUAUCUGGCUCGCUGCUGCAGCAUUUGAGAAAGAUUAUGGAUCAAGGGAAAGUUAUGAACUGUUGUUACAAAAGGCAGUCACACAUUGUCCAAAAGUCGAAGUUCUUUGGCUGAUGGGUGCAAAAUCAAAAUGGCUUGCUGGUGAUGUUUCAGCUGCCAGAAGUAUUCUAUCCUUGGCGUUUCAGGCUAAUCCUAACGCCGAAGUCAUUUGGUUAGCAGCAGUGAAAUUGGAAUCGGAAAACAAUGAAUUUGAAAGAGCAAGGAGGUUGCUACAGAGAGCUAGAUCAAAUGCUUCUACUGCUAGAGUAUUUCUGAAGUCUGUGAAACUGGAGUGGUGUUUGGGAGACAUUGCAAAAGCCAGGAUAUUGUUACAAGAAUCAGUUGAUCUGUACCCUUCAUUUGCAAAACUGUGGAUGAUGAAAGGUCAAAUAGAAGAACAAGAAGGCAACAUUGAAGAUGUGAGAGAAAUUUACAAGCAAGGAAUACAAAAGUGUCCUGAAUCAAUUCCAUUGUGGUUGUUGCUAUCUAGAGUUGAGGAAAAAGCUGGUUUGUUGAUCAAGGCGAGGGCAGUCCUGGAGAAAGCCAGACUGAAAAAUCCAAAAAACGCGGAUUUAUGGCUUGAAGCUGUUAAGCUUGAAAAUAGAGCCGGUCUCAAAAGCAUAGCACUCAAUUUAAUGGCUAAAGCACUUCAGGAGUGUCCUGAUUCAGGGAAGCUUUGGGCUGAAGCCAUUUUUAUGGAACCUCGUCCUCAAAGAAAAACUAAAAGUGCAGAUGCUCUCAAAAAGUGCCAACACAAUGCCUACGUCCUACUGGCUGCAGCAAAGUUGAUUUGGUCGGAAAGAAAAUUAGAUAAAGCCCGUGAAUGGUUUAAAAGAACAGUGAAAUUAGAUGGAGACCUAGGUGACGCUUGGGCACACUUCUACAAAUUCGAGCUGAUCCAUGGUUCAGAGGUUCAACAAGAAGAAGUAAAACGACAGUGCUUGAGUGCCGAACCGAAACACGGAGAGUUAUGGUGCAAAGUUUCUAAGGAUAUAAAAAACUGGAGACUGAAAACUGAGGACAUUUUGCCUUUAGUUGCUCAACUGGUUCCCAUACCGUCUUAA